CGGAGUCCUAGCAAGGUCGCUCUGCGAGCGGGAUCGUGCGUCGUCCCCGGAGGUGGGGCGCGCCGUGUCCUUGUUGCUGGGCUGCCCGCGGAGACAUGUCCGGGUAUACGCCCGACGAGAAGCUGCGGCUGCAGCAGCUGCGAGAGCUGCGAAGGCGAUGGCUGAAGGACCAGGAACUGAGCGCGCGGGAGCCGGUGCUACCCCCGCAGAAGGUGGGGCCGGUGGAAUCGUUUUGGAAUAAAUUUUUGCACGACCAGGCCCCCUGGAAGAACGUGAUCUAUAAGACAUACCGACACAGUGUCUUUGCUUUUACUCACGUACUUAUUCCUGCAUGGAUUAUUCACUAUUAUCUGAAAUAUCAUGUCAGGACAAAACCAUAUGCCAUCGUUGAAAGGAAACCCAGAAUAUUCCCAGGUGAUACAAUUUUGGAGACUGGAGAAGUGAUUCCACCAAUGAGAGAAUUUCCUGACCAACAUCACUGAAGAUUUAAGAAUUUCAAAGGCUGUCAGCUCCGGAUUUGUUGCCCCCAUAUCAUCUUUACUAAAUAUAUUUCUUGGAAAAGUAUCUUCAAUAAAGUUAACUCUUAGA